UUUUGAAAGUUUUCCUCCAUGGGUCCAUGAAAUCGUGGACGGUCCUGAAAAUAAAGUUAAGUCUUGGCCUAUAUAUUUUACAAGAGGUUAUCUGUUUCACACAAAAGCUCACGGUCUCACUAAAAAAACAAUGAAUUAUGAGGUAUGUGUCCGAGGACAAACUUAUUCCAAUUCAUCUGGCGAGGACGAUUUUUACGGGACCAUUGAAAAUAUCAUAGAGCUUACCUAUCCAGGAUUUUUGAAUUUACGGGUCACACUUUUCUAUUGUGAAUGGUAUGACUCUACAAUUGACAAAGGCACUCGAAUACGCGAUGGAGGCAUUGUUGACGUGUUGUCAUCAAGGAGAUACCGACAUUAUGAACCGUUUAUAUUAGGUUCUCAAGCUGAUCAAGUUUGUUAUCUUUCAUAUCCUCACACUAAACGACCUCGAAAACUUUGGCUCAACGUUCUGAAAGUUAAUCCAAGGCAUGCUGUACAAGGGAACUUAAAACAAAAGGAGGUUGUUAUAUUGCAGCAAACAGUUGAUGAUGGAAUGACAGAUUCAAUAGAGGAGAUCAUAGUUGACAGUUUCGUAGAUGGUAAUCAGCCUAAUGAAGAACUUGAUUUUGAGAUCAACGAUGCUGAACAAGAAGACGAAUUUCGUGGCAACUACUCGUCGUCGUCUUCGUCUUCAGAUGAGGAUGAAGAUCAAGAAGAUGAAAAUGAGGAAUAUGAAUAAUUUUCAUGUUUA